GUCAGAUAGAUCGCUAUCUUAGCGUCGCUCGCUGUCGCUGAACGCGGGCCAGGUAUCUAUCGAUAGCUGUGUCUUGGCCUGUGUUGUCGCUAUCUGCGUUCACACCUGGACGAGAUCAAUUUAUCUACGUAAACCGAGAAAGGAAACGUGUUACAUUGUCACAGUCGUGCGCGUGCAGGCCGCCAAAAUGGGUUGUUUUACGUCAAUCGGAAGAAUUCUUUUGAUUAUUCUAAAUCUGCUGUUUUUGCUGAUGUCACUUGCCAUUCUGGCAGUUGGUGUUAUUCUCAAGUUCUUUCCUGGAAAAAUCUUCUCCUAUAUACUAACAGCGGCGAAGGACUUCGAUCUGGUGAAACUGCCCUCUGGUGCCGAGGAGAUCAAUUUCCUACCUUUGCUGGACACGGUGGGCGUGGUUCUGAUAGUGUUAGGGUGCAUCCUACUGUCAAUCUCCUUCUUGGCUUGCUGUGGCGCGUGCUGCGAGUGGCGUCUAUUUCUCAUACUGUUUUCGAUUCUUAUGUUGAUCCUGAUUUUGGCUCAACUGUUGCUUGGCGGCCUGUUCCUAGCUAAAGAUUCUCUGCUGAACAAGGCACUGAAGGAAACUCUGGCCACGGAGAUCAAGACCAGGUACAAAGGUCCGGCAGACAGGAAGGAUGCGUUCUCCAUGGUCGUCAACAUGCUGUCAUACUCCUUGGAGUGCUGUGGAUCUCGGGACUAUAAGGACUUUGAUAACACGGAUUGGAAGCUUUUCAAGUACCCCCAGAACGGAACCCCCCAACAAACAAUUAUAGCCGCUGUCACCAUGACAUGUUGUAGGAAAAAAUACAUAGAUGUUGAUCCACCAUUGCUUUCUUGUGCGAAAGCUCCGAUAGACACUUCAAAGAUUUAUAAUACGGGUUGCUACGAUAAACUUUACCAACUCGUGGAUAACAAACAAUUGUGGGUCAUUACUGUGUUUGUCCUCCUGCUUCUGUUGCAGUUACCUCCCGGAAAUUACCAAUAUCUCUUUUGUCGGACAUUUGUGCGGCGCUAA